AUGGAUGCUGAAUCUAAGAUUACGAAAGGCGCCUUGGAUGUCAUCUUCAACGAUCCCGACAAUGCCAGUACAAAAUACCCCGUUCCUGUCCUUCAGUGUCUGCAGAUAAAGCCCUUAGCUGCGCAAGCAGGCGGCGGCGCUGAGAGAUAUCGCAUCGUCUUGAGCGACGUCCAUAACUAUGUCCAGUGCAUGCUGGCUACCCAAGUGAAUCAUGUCGUUCACGACAACAAGCUAGUCAGGAACUGUAUUGUGAGGAUCACACAAUACCAGGCAAGUUCUGUCAAGGGAAAGAAUAUCCUUCUUAUCCUGGGCCUUGAGGUCAUCGAGAACCUUGGCACACCCGAAAAGAUUGGCGAGCCCCAAGCCUUUGAGGCCAAGGCAGCACCAGCAGCCAAUACCACAAUUGGUGGCCAGAACUUCUACGGCGUCAAGCAAGAGGAGACGAAGCCUAAGCCUCAGCAAUCUAUUCCCUCCCGCUCUGCUGGAGGAGCCAGCGGCCAGCACGGAAGCAACAACAUUUACCCCAUCGAAGCCAUCUCUCCCUACGCUCACAAGUGGACUAUAAAGGCUCGCGUGACCCAGAAGUCGGAUAUUCGGACAUGGCAUAAGCCUAGUGGAGAGGGAAAGCUUUUUAGUGUGAACCUUCUCGAUGAGAGUGGCGAGAUCAAGGCCACAGGCUUCAACGAGCAGGUUGACCAAUACUACGACUUGCUUCAGCAGGGAAGCGUUUACUAUAUUUCCAGCCCCUGCAAGGUCCAACUUGCCAAGAAGCAGUUCACAAACCUGCCGAACGACUAUGAGCUCACCUUUGAGCGUGAUACCCUCAUCGAGAAGGCCGAAGACCAGAGUAACGUGCCGCAGGUGCGUUUUAACUUCUGUAACAUCCAAGAGCUGCAAGAAGUUGAGAAGGAUGCAACUGUGGAUGUCAUUGGCGUUCUGAAGGACGUUGCAGAGGUGUCGCAAAUCGUUUCCAAGUCAACCGGCAAGCCUUAUGAGAAGCGGGAGCUUACCCUAGUUGACGACACUAACUAUUCCGUUCGUGUCACCAUCUGGGGUAAGAGUGCGACGAGCUUUGAUGCCAGGCCAGAGUCUGUUGUGGCCUUUAAGGGUGUCAAGGUGUCUGAUUUUGGUGGCCGUAGCUUGAGCUUGCUCUCGUCCGGCACAAUGUCUGUUGAUCCCGAUAUUCCUGAGGCCCACCGCCUGAAGGGAUGGUACGACUCUUCUGGUCGCAACGACUCCUUCAACACUCACAACAACAUGGCCAGCAUGGGCAACGCCACUGGCCGUAAGGACCAGGAUAAAUCUAUCCUGCAAGUAAAGGAGGAGAACCUAGGCAUGGAGCAACAGGACUACUUCAACUUGAAGGCUACUAUUGUCUAUAUCAAGCAGGACAACUUUGCCUACCCUGCUUGUAUGAACGAAGGCUGCAACAAGAAGGUUACCGACAUGAACGACGGCACAUGGCGCUGCGAGAAGUGUGACGUGUCGCACCCCAAGCCUGAAUACCGCUACAUCAUGUCUGUCAACGUCUGCGACCACACCAACCAACUGUGGCUCAGCUGUUUUGACGAUGUUGGUCGGAUCGUUAUGGGAAUGACUGCCGACGAACUCAUGGCUCUGCGUGAAGAAGAUGAGACCAAAGCGGCUCAAGCGUUCGAGGAGGCGAAUUGCCGUAAGCUGAAUUUCCGCUGCCGCGCAAAAAUGGACACCUUUGGCGAGUCUCAGAGAGUACGCUACCAGGUCAUGAGCGCCAGCCCUAUCGACUUCAAGGCCGAGGGCGCCAAGCUUGCCGAGCUCAUUAAGCAGUUCAGCAUCAGCUCCUGA